CGAAUCACGCCUAGAAAUCCAGGCUCGUGUAAACUCGGAAGUGUCCAUAUGUGGGCUGACACCUACAUGCACAUUCAGAAAUUUGGGAAACGUGUGUUGUAAUCACAGGAGCAAUAAUAACGCAAACAGUCAGCGCAGUGACGCCGCGAUUGCCCUCCUGAAGGAAGCCGGAGGAAAAAUAGUAACAUAACACGGAAGUUUACCGACACUUGCAACCAUGGUCGCCUUAAUAUGGAAAGUUUUAUCUCAUCAAGGGAACUAUAAGCACCUCUAGCAUCGCAGAGGAAUUAAGAGCACAUCAAGCAGGUGUGCAUAUGUGACAGGGUUCAGAGAUGACAUCCCCCUGGUGCGUGCUUGGAAACAAGAUCACUGCUCUUGGACGUGCCGAUCUGAAACAUUCUCACAUGCCACGCUGUGGCCUACUCUGUGUAGUGCUCUUCCCUGAUGGCACAACUCAAAAUUUUACUGUCAGUAAACAGGAUGCUGGUCAUGUGCUGUUCGACUUGGCUUGCGAACACCUCAACAUAGUGGAGAAACAGUACUUCAGCCUACAGAUCAGUGAGGACACAUCCAGCUCUCCGAGGUGGCUGGACCCCAACAAACCCUUUAAAAAACAACUGAAGGGUUCUGCUCCGUUCUUUUUUAUAUUUAGAGUGCGGUUCUUCAUCUCUGACCCAAACUCCCUCCAGCAUGAGCAGACCAGGCAUUUUUAUUUCUUGCAAAUUAAGAAGGACAUUUGUGAGGGGAGACUAAAGUGUCCUUUAAGCUCAGCUGUGGUACUGGCUUCUUACUCUGUUCAGUCUGAGCUUGGAGACUAUGUCCGUGAAACUCCUGCCGGACACCGCAAUCAGAUCCAUUUUCUCCCUGACCAAGACCAGGAGUUCCUUCUGAAAGUGGAGUCGCUGCAUCCACAGCACAAAGGUUUGUCUCCGAGUGAAGCUGAACUGUGCUAUUUGAAUACAGCGAGAACAUUAGACCUGUAUGGAGUAGAGUUACAUCAUGCUCAGGAUGUUAACAACCCUGCCCUCUGGGUGGGCAUUACAUCAGGGGGCGUGGCCUUGUUUUGCCAUUUAAUUUGCUCCAGUUUUUUCCCUUGGAUUAACAUCAUCAAAAUUUCAUUCAAAAGAAAACGGUUCUUUGUCCACCUACGUCGGAAACAUGGUGAGCUGGGUCACCACGAGGUUUCUAUCUCCAUGCCAAGUUCACGUGCCUGUAAGAACCUAUGGAAAUCCUGUGUGGACCACCAUACGUUCUACAAUACAAAACCCUCUCACUCUGCCUCAAAAUUUAGCUCUAUCCCACUGUACCGAAAGCUGAUUGGUGAGAAAAUGUUAAACCCUACAGUGAGGUCCGACUCGGUGGACCACUUCGAGACAAAGAGUCUACCUUCACGGUCACCACCCAACACACCCAACUGGCGGAGUCCUCGUUUACGUCAUGACUUCCGUAAGCCACGCCCAUCAUCUGUUGACAACCUGACCAAUGAAAUGAGCUAUGUGACUGAGAGUGAAGACGUGUUCUAUACUUACAGGAAAACUCAGGAGGAGGGGCGGACGAGGGGUAGUUGGUCUCAUAGUGAUGAUAUCAUCACCGAAGAUGAGGAUUUGCACAUCUGGGAUAAGAGUGCAACAGCUGAAGGAGAUCUGCUCCUUGUGAGGAUCAACCCCGACCAAGAUGGGAAGUUUGGCUUCAACGUUAAAGGAGGCGUGGAUCAGAAGAUGCCCCUGGCCAUCUCUCACGUUAACCCUGCAUCUCCAGCCGGUCACUGUGUGCCUCCACUGAUGGAAGGCGAUCAGGUGCUGUUGAUAAAUGGGCGGGACAUUUCAGAACAUACCCAUCAGCAGGUGGUCAUGUUCAUCAAAGCAACCCGAGAGUCACACAGCAAGGAACUUGCAUUGCUUGUCCGCCGCAAAGGUGUCUCUUUGCGAGCCGAACCCACACUACAAUUAGGUGAGGGUCUCCCCCUUCCAGGUGAAAUAUCCCCACUGUCCACUCAGCCAUCUGAAGAGACGCUAGAGGAGUCCAUGACCCGUCUGGAGAGGGGGUUGGUCACCGGAACAUUGCUUCUGCAGUUUGAGAAGUUGUACAAGAAGAAAGAAGGCAUGUCAAUGUCUUGUGCGAAACAGUCCGAGAAUAUGGACAAGAAUCGGUACAAAGAUGUAUUACCAUAUGACAUCACCAGAGUGGUGCUGCAGGAAGAGGGGGAUGAUUAUAUUAAUGCCAGCCAUGUGAAGAAUGAGCCAGCAGGUUGUGUUUUGCGGUACAUAGCAGCUCAGGGACCACUGCCGCACACCUGUACACAAUUCUGGAGGAGCGUGUGGGAGCAGAACAUCAGUGUCAUUGGCAUGCUCACCACACUGACCGAGAGAGGACGGACCAAGUGCCACCAAUAUUGGCCGCAUCCCCCUGAAGUGAGGGAUUAUGGGAUUCUUCAGGUGUGCUGUCACUCAGAGGAGUGCAACCUGGCAUAUGUUACCCGGGAACUAACACUCACAAAUACUCAGUCGGGAAAGCAUCGCGCGAUCACUCAUUUGCAGUAUGUUGCCUGGCCAGAUCACGGGGUACCAGAAGAUUCCUCCGACUUCCUGGAUUUUGUCCAGUCAGUGAGAAGCAUGAGAGAGGAGUCUGUGCCUCUCAUGGUCCACUGCAGUGCUGGGAUCGGGCGGACAGGUGUGUUGAUCACCAUGGAGACAGCCAUGACACUGAUGGAGAAGGAAAAGCCAGUAUAUCCCCUGGAGAUCAUUACCACGAUGAGAGAACAAAGGGCCAUGCUGGUUCAGACAUCGUGCCAGUUCACCUUUGUGUGUGAGGCCAUUCUGAGGGUGUACAGAGAGAGGGUGAAAAAGAACUCAACACCUAACAGUUGAUAAGAAGAGAGGGACAGGAGAUUUGUAUAUUCCCCGUGUUUGAAAACACACAAGUGAAUGAAGAAAACUCAGCUGCUGUGAUCUGACUGUCAAUAAAGAUGGAUGAAAAAGGGGCAGGGAGAAGAGGGCAUGUCUGGAUAAAAAUGGAUAGACAACCUCUUCUCUUGCUGUGGCUGUCUGACAGUUGUGAGGAUCAAGGAAGAACAUAGAGCACUUUGACACGUGGAAGCUUAUAGGGCCCUACAGCACACGUACUUCCUCUAUCUCUGUCCCACACACACACACACUCACACAGAUUCUACAUUCUGGCGAAUCUCACACUCAACUUUUAGGUCAAAUUUCAUCCUAAAAUUAAGAGGAAAAACAUAUUACUUAUAUUGUGCAUAAAAUAAAAAUGUGAGCUAAAAUGUACAUUUUUACUUAAAUGUAAAAUGUAAAAAUCUACUUUUUUUUCUUAGAGUAUUUAUGUGUUUUUUGUUUUGUUUUGUUUUUAAUUAAUACAUUAUUUUUCAGAGCAGUUAAGCACAUUUUACUCCCUAAUUGUCAUUACUACAUUAAUCUGAUAAUGUAUUUUCUAUUGAAUGACAUGACAGUAAUGUGUUUUGCAGUUAUUUAACUAAAAUCAAUGCAUUUUAAUUAAAAGCUGAACAACAGAUGCUACCAUGAUGAAUUAAUAAUUAAUAAAUGCUUAUACCAUUUUGGUUCUUAAUAUCACAGUAAUAAAAACUAGACUUUGUAGCUUUUAAUGAGUGAGCUUGAAAUAUCUUGAAUAU